AGGCGGCAGCCGCGCGCUCUGCCUGCGCUCCACCGAGAGGCCCCGCGACGCGGCUGGCCGAGCCAGGAGGCGGCGAUCCCGGCUGGGCCGGGACUUCCUUCCUCCGGGGAGGGACAGCAGAACCCCCCCGCAGUCCGCACCGAGCUCCUGGCAGCCUGCAGAACUAGCGCGCAGCGAUGGGCUCCCUGCUGAGCAGCGACAGCUCCAAGUCGGCGCCCGCCUCCGCCUCCCCGCGGCCCCUAGAGCGCAGCGGGGACCCGGAGCUUCCCGUCACCUCCUUCGACUGCUCGGUGUGCCUGGAGGUGCUACAUCAGCCGGUCCGGACCCGCUGUGGCCACGUGUUCUGCCGAUCCUGUAUUGCGACCAGUAUAAAGAACAAUAAAUGGACAUGUCCGUACUGCCGGGCAUACCUUCCUUCAGAGGGAGUUCCAGCAACUGACAUAGCCAAAAGAAUGAAAUCAGAAUACCAGAACUGUACUGAGUGUGGGACUCUGGUUUGCCUCAGUGACAUGAGGACGCACAUAAGGACUUGUGAGAAGUACAUCGAUAAAUAUGGGCCACUGCAAGAACUUGGCGAGACAACAACAAGAUGUGUGUGUCCAUUUUGUCAGAGGGAACUGGAUGAAGACUGCUUGCUGGAUCAUUGCAUUACCCACCACAGAUCAGAAAGGAGGCCUGUGUUCUGCCCACUUUGCCAUUUACUACCUAAUGAGAGCCCAAGUACCUUCAAUGGCAGUCUAAUUAGACACUUGCAAGUCAGCCACACUUUGUUUUAUGAUGAUUUCUUAGACUUUGAUAUAAUCGAGGAAGCCCUAAUCCGAAGAGUGUUAGACCGCUCACUUCUUGAAUAUGUGAACCACUCAAGCACCACAUAAUUCUAUACAUAGCAAGGGACCAUUAUUCACUUAUACCAUUUAAGAUGCUGCUUCAAGGACCGGAGGGAAAUUGUCAAUGUUUCAUGGAGAAAACUGUACUACAGUGUUGCACACUUGUCUUUGCUAUGUUGCAUUCAAAAACUGCUUUCAUUCCAGUGUAGACCUGCCUUUACGUUCUUGAGUUUCGUAGACAUUUAACCACAGGCAAGAGUCUCCAUAAGCUAUUAAGAGAUGGAAGAGACAGAGGCUGAAUAUGUGGUGGAGGAGCUCCGUGUGCACAGUGGUGAUGCUGUGCAUAAUGCUACAUGUUCAUGACUAUCAUCAUGGUUAGGCAAGAUAACCAAUCUCUGUUCUGCACAAAAAGAUGGAGAAAGGAACAAAAUAUGGACAUUAAAAGAAAUCUGAAAUUUAUUCAAAUCUUCUAAUCUCCAAUAAAGGAAUGUAAAUAACCUCAUGUGAAAGGAGGAAAGGAAAGAACUUGAAAUCAACAAAAUCCAUUUUAACCAAAUUGCAGUACAUGAUACGCUAAUGGAUUUUGUGUUUGGAAUGUAUACUUAGCAAGCAUGGCGGUGAAUGUCUGUAAUGCAAGUAUCUGGGAGGUGGAAGGAUCAGAAAUGUAAGGCCAGCCUUGGCUAAUGAGACCAUAGAAACAUUAAAAAACUGAAAAAAGAUUAUGUGGACUUAACUAUUAGCAUGCUAUAUAUGCACAUAUAAAAAUUUGAUGGAAUAUUUUUCAAAUAUUUGUAGCUUAUUAUUUACAGGUGUUUUAUAAUAUAAGUGAUUUCUUAAGACCAAUCUAUGGCCAACAUUUUCACAUUAGUAAUUUUGAGUGGAACUCCUAAGCUUUGUUUUUAAUUUUAACAUCUUAAAAAGUAUAAAAUAAAGCACACAUACUAAAAACCAGAUGCAAAAUGUAUAGCUUAAUGUGUUCUUAUAAAAACAUUUGUACUCAUGGAUGGUGACAUGCAUAUGCCUGGGAGGCAGAGCAGGAUUGCUUCAAGUCCACAGUCUACCUGGGCUAUAGUAUAUGACCUUGUCUCAAAACCAGAGAAACAGAAGCAUUAAGACCUUGUAUAUUUAGACAUCUAUGAAUGGACAUCCAUCCAUUACAAACGUCACUUUAUUGAGGUCCGACUCCUCUUUUCUUUGGCCAUUCCUUGAAGGUUGGCUGAGUCCUUUGAACACUUUAUCACUUUCCUUGUUGUUUCCUAUGGCAAGAUCCUCCAUGCGGAAUUUGUGUUUGCUAUUAUGGACCUGAAAUCACCAACUCCCUAAGAAGACUGGUUUCUUUCUGUGCAGAAUGACAUUUCAAACCGCAGUCGGAAGCUGGGGAUGGUAGCACAUGCCUGUAAGGAAGAUCUGUUGUUCUAGAUCUUCCUCAGCUACAUAGCAAGUCAAGGACAGCCUAGGCUACAAGAGACCCUGACUCAAUCCACCCCCCCCCCCCCCUUUUUAUUCCAGAAAAAGGCUCUAUGGAUAAUUGCUGUUAUUAAGGUGGCUGUUGUUUCAGGGGGAGAGCUAGGAAACAGCUGUUUGUUUGUUUAAAGACAGAAUACUUCAUGGCCAGGCAUGGUAGUUCUAGUAGUUCAGGAUGGUUGCUAACUCGAGACCCUCUUGUUUCAGCCUCUUAUGUGUGAGGAUACAGGUCUGUGUUAGCAUGCCUGGCAGUUAUUCCCCAUUUUCAAAAAUAGUUUUAUUGUGCCAAUAUUUUUUUUUUUUUUUUUUGAGCU